AAGAGCAUUAAUUCUAGCUAUGCAUAUAUAUUUGUGCAUUCAUUAUUACAGGUGACGAUGAUUCUGCAAGAAUCACUAAGGUUGUACCCACCGGCGCCUCUAAUGACUCGAGGCUCUACAAAGACACUGAAACUAGGGAACAUGACUAUUCCACCAGGGGUACAUAUGACAUUGCUAAUAGGCAUACUCCACCGCGACCCCGAUUUUUGGGGAGACGAUGCAAACGAGUUCAAUCCUCAUAGAUUCUCUGAAGGAGUUUCGAACGCGGCAAGUACUCAAUCCGCCUACAUACCCUUUGGUGCUGGUCAAAGAGUCUGCAUCGGUCAAAACUUGGUCUUGAUCGAAGCAAAAAUUGCUCUAGCCAUGAUUCUACAAAGCUUCUCGUUCGAGCUUUCACCGUCAUACUUACAUGCUCCUUUCAAUGAUAUUAAUUUGUUACCAAUAUAUGGAGCACCUAUGAUUUUGCGCUCAUUAUAA